UCCCUCAGCCCGCAGAAAACAGUGAAACCCUCCCAUAGAGGUGAGAGCGUAGAUGUCAUGAGAAAAGCGACCGCACGACCAGAGCGCAACGACCGACGCACCGUCCGACCUCAGCCCGACUCCCUGUGCUCCGGUCUGGGAUGCUUUUAGCGCAGAGACGUCUCCACUCAGGGCCGCCAGUGGACGUCGACGCAGAUCAUCUACACUCUUUUCGUUACUGUUGUUAUUUUUAACCGAGGAUCUUCUUCCCCCCGCAUCCUCCACCCCCCUUUUUAAGUGUUUAUGUUUGUUUCUUCAUGACUGCUGCUUUGGGAAGCGAGCCUCAGCACCAGCUCCAGCAACGCCAACACCAUGCGAGCCCAAAUCGAAGUCAUACCUUGCAAAAUCUGCGGAGACAAAUCAUCAGGUAUCCACUAUGGAGUCAUUACGUGUGAAGGAUGUAAGGGUUUCUUCAGACGGAGUCAGCAGAACAAUGCAUCCUACUCCUGCCCGCGCCAGAGGAACUGCCUCAUCGACAGAACAAACCGCAACCGCUGCCAACACUGCCGCCUGCAGAAAUGUCUCGCCCUAGGAAUGUCCAGAGAUGCGGUUAAGUUUGGCCGCAUGUCCAAGAAGCAACGUGACAGCCUGUAUGCAGAGGUCCAGAAGCACCAGGCACGACUGCAGGAGCAGCGGCAGCAGCAGACAGGCGAAGCAGAAGCUCUGGCACGUGUUUACUCGUCCAGCCUAACCAACGGACUGUCCACCCUCAACCAUGAGAUUGGGGGCACCUAUGCCAAUGGUCAUGUCAUUGAGCUGCCAAAGGGUGUCCAUGGUAACGGAGGCGGAGUCCCAGGGGGAUACUAUGGGAUGGAUUCCACCCAGCCGUCUCCAGACCAGUCAGGCUUGGACAUGUCGGGCAUGAAGCACAUUAAGCAGGAGCCGGUGUAUGACCUGACGCCAGUGCCCAACCUGUUCAGCUACGGAGGCUACCAGGACAGUCAGCUGGGACCCAAUAACGUCAGCAUGGGAGAGCUGGACCGUAUUGCUCAGAAUAUCAUCAAGUCCCACUUGGAGACAUGUCAGUACACGACAGAGGAGCUGCAGCAGCUAGCCUGGCAGACACACUCCUACGAAGAGGUCAAGAUGUAUCAGAGCAAGCCCCGGGACGUGCUGUGGCAGCAGUGUGCCAUCCAGAUCACCCAUGCAAUCCAGUACGUGGUGGAGUUUGCCAAGCGCAUCUCAGGGUUCAUGGAACUGUGCCAGAACGACCAGAUCCUCCUGCUCAAGUCAGGUUGUUUGGAGGUAGUCUUGGUGCGGAUGUGCAGGGCGUUCAACCCUCUCAACAACACUGUGCUCUUUGAGGGGAAGUAUGGAGGCAUGCAGAUGUUCAAAGCUCUAGGUUGUGAUGACUUAGUGAGUGCGGUGUUUGACUUUGCCAAGAGUUUGUGUUCACUGCAGCUGACAGAGGAGGAGAUCGCUCUGUUCUCAGCAGCUGUACUAAUUUCUACAGAUCGGCCGUGGCUGAUGGAGCCUCGGAAAGUCCAGAAGCUCCAGGAGAAGAUCUACUUUGCUCUGCAGCACAUUAUGCAGAAGAACCACAUGGAUGAAGAUGCACUGGCGAAGCUGAUCAGCCGAAUCCCAACGUUGUCAGCCCUGUGCACACUCCACACCGAGGAGCUCCAGGCUUUCCAGCAGCUCCACCCAGAAACAGUCAACGUCCUCUUCCCUCCACUCUACAAAGAACUCUUCAACCCCGACCCCAACUCUGCCAUGACCAUGCCCAAGUGACUGCCUGUGGUCCCGCUGCAACAAAUGGCAUCAGCAGAGGACCAAGAAAAUAAGAAUAUAGCCACGUCUGAUGAGACGACAGCAACUGUGUCGACUAUAUCACCGUCGUGGCAACCACAUAUUCCUGAGCUCCACGAGCCUCAUUUAAGGCUGCGGGGUGAGGAGUCAUCUGCCAGAAACUUACAGUUACCGCCAACAAUACUAGGAAUGUCCAGCACUUAUCCCAUCCCGUUCACCGAUACAGUCUGAAGAAUGUAUAUAUAAAUGAAACGCGCCCCAAGCCACAACUUAAAUGGGGCUUCCUCCCGUCUCCUGAACUGAACUGACUGACCAGAAAUGUACAGACUUUAAAACAUCUAGGAACAAUUUUAAGCUGUCAAUCUUUAAAAAAAAAAAUGGGUAAGUUAAUUUGUUUUAACUUUGAAAAAAAUCUUUUUGGUUUGUUUGAUUUUUUUUUUUUGAUUUUUUUUUCCACAUGAAGAAAUUGUGAAGAUGGAGAAGCUAGACGGGGGAGGGAACUGUGGAUUUAGAGAAGCUAUUGUAGAUAUUCUUCUAGUGCAGAGCGGAUUCCAGUAUUACUUCUUGUUCUGUUAAAAUAAGUUAGUCCUAAUUUAAAUAUACAGCAGUCCACUGUGGCUGACUAUA